AUGGUUCGCAAUAUUGUCGUCCUAGGCGGGUCAUCGCAUCCCGAGCUCGUCGAGCAGAUGUGCAUCAAACUGGGCAUCCCUCCUGGCAGGAUCACCCUAUCCAAGUUUUCUGUUGGAGAAACCCGGGUUGAGAUCCAGGACUCCGUCAGAGGAAAAGACGUCUACGUUAUACAAUCCGGUUGCGGAAAAGUCAACGACAAUUUCAUUGAACUCCUCAUCACAAUUUCAGCUUGUAAAACAGCAUCCGCGAAAAGAGUCACCGCUGUGAUGCCUUUAUUUCCAUACAGUCGUCAACCCGAUAUCCCAUACAACAAAGUUGGUGCCCCAUUAGCCAAAGCCGGUAUCCAAAAGGACAGUUACACAUUCGAAAGUCGUCCCGGAACUCCCGCACCUCAGCCAGAUGGUGCGGGUUCCAGUGGCCCCCCAGCAGGCCAAUUAGAACACAAACUGAGCCGUCUCUCGUUAGAUAAAGAAAGAGGCCCCGUCACAGCGCCCGGGUCACCCAGUUUGACCUCGAGACCAUCUUUCCUACGCCGCCAGCACACUGGUAGCGAGAUAGUUGGGUCUACUAAGCGGGAUUCGCAAAAGGUCGUCUACGCCAACGGGACCGGGGGCGACUGGGAUCAGCACAGACAACCAGGCUACAAACAAUGGGUUGCGCAGGCUGGAACAUUGAUAGCGGAUUUGUUGACCUGUGCUGGUGCAGAUCACAUCAUCACCAUGGACCUCCAUGAUCCUCAGUAUCAAGGGUUCUUUGACAUCCCUGUUGAUAAUUUAUAUGGGCGACCUUUGUUGCAGAGGUACAUACAAACAAAGAUCCCUGAUUACCAGUCUGCAGUAAUCGUCAGCCCUGAUGCUGGUGGUGCAAAACGUGCAACAGCUAUUGCUGAUGCACUUGGUAUGGAUUUCGCUUUGAUUCACAAGGAGAGGCGGCCUACUAAAAUCACAGACCGCCAAAAUGCAACAAUGAUGCUAGUCGGUGACAUAUCUGGACGCGUCGCAAUUCUGGUUGAUGACUUAGCUGAUACUAGUAACACCAUCACAAGGGCUGCAAAGCUUCUUAAAGAAAGGGGGGGGGCUACUAAGGUGUACGCUCUGUUAACGCAUGGUAUAUUCUCCGGUGACGCCAUCGCUCGUAUUAAUGCUAGUGCGAUCGAUCAAGUAGUCGUCACUAAUUCAGUCCCCCAAAAUGAGAACGCUCGGGCGUGUCCGAAAUUGAAAGUGCUUGAUGUAUCAAGUGUUUUUUCUGAGGCAAUCCGCCGAGUUCAUCACGGUGAGAGUAUCAGCGUUCUAUUCAAGUAUGACUAG